AUGGCUUCCUCGCAGACACCGCCAGACGUCACCGGUCUCUUUGGCCCUCUGCUCAUUGGCGCGCUGCUCAACACCCUGCUGUAUGGUGUCAUGGCCGUGCAGGCGUUUCUCUACUUCCAGCAUUACACGAAGACUAAUAAUAAACCCAAGGGAUCGCGCCUGGUUCAAGUUGCUUACCUCGUUGUUAUCGAGACCGCGAGCCUGGUGUGCAACGUCGGAGUGGUAUAUGAGCCCCUCAUCACCCGCUAUGCCCGUCCUGAAGCCCUGAUCGUGUCGCCUAUCUUGCUCCGGCCCGAUGCGGCCCUUACCGUCCUCGUCUCCGCACCCACGCAGCUUUUCGUCGCGUGGCGCCUGCAUGUCAUCACCCGCUCGUACUUUCUCUCCGCGCUCAUCGCGAUCCUCGCAUUCGUCGCAUUCGUCGGCGGAAUCGUGACCUCCGUCGUUGUCUCGCUCCACCCCAACUUUGCGAGCUUCGCGUCGUUCAAGCCGGAGGUGAUCACCUGGCUCGUGGCGAGUACGGCGUGUGAUGUGGUGUUGACGGCGGCGCUGGUGUUCUCGCUGUGGACACGCAAGACGAAGAUGGCGUCGACGGAUAGCUACGUGAAUAAGAUUAUCCGCCUCACGGUACAAACUGGCUUGAUCACUGCCACCGCCGCCUUGCUCGACCUGCUGCUGUACAUCGCGUUCCCAAACGCCAGCUACAACUUCAUCCUCGACUUUGCGCUCUCGAAGCUGUACACCAACAGCCUCAUCAGCACGCUCAACGCGCGGCCGUGGCGCGAGUCUGCCCUUGGCUUUGCGCCGAACGUGCUGUUCGAGCAGAGCAAGGAGGGCACCUCAGGCAGCCGCUCGCUCAGCCGUGGGCCCGGUCAGACCUUCGGGCUCACGCAGACGGCGACGCAGACCCGGCCGAUGGGGCUGACCUACCCGCCGGUGCGUCCAUUCCUUACCUCCGAUGCGCCCGUUGACAUCGAGGCACAAUAUCUGCAGUCUGGAAACGCGACGGGGCUCUCGGGUGUGAACGUGAACGUGAAAAUGGAGUCGUUUGUGGACGUCGAUGCGGCGGGGCCGUAUGGCGAUCGGAAAGAAGCGGGGGAAGAUGCGCGGAACCCGCGGUACAUCGCGAUGCCUGUGCGAUACCAGGAGAGCCGGGCUGUGUAG